AUGUUCCAUAUAUUUUCAAAAUAUUUCUCGAUUCUUUGCUUGUGCCUUGCCGUUGUUACAGCAAGACCUCUGCAAACAAGCGACUCACCAAUCGUUCUGCCCCGCCAAACGGUUUGUCGCACGGGCUUUGGCUGUCUACCUUUUGGCAAUUCUGGAUGGAAUUCCUUCGGUAUUACCCUUCCAGCCGUGGGUGAUCCCGUCCCUCAUGAUUCACAGUCUCCUGGCGCGGAGAUCGCAGCAACCGUAUGGAAUAAGGACGAUGGUACUGCCUUUCUUGGGAUUAACUUAGUCGAUGGCUACAAUCCACCUCCUACCGAUUCAAUCGAGGUCCGAGCGUAUAUUGGAAGUACCCGGAUUGCUCUUAAUCAGAACGAUAUACGGUCUCUGAAUGCAGGUGCAGUAGGAACCGUUCCUGCAAAGCCAAUUAGUUUGGCGAGAGCAUCAAGCUCUAGAGUCGUUAUCACUAUCAAAUGGAGAGUUGUAUAG